CCUCUCUCUCUGUGGCGAGCCCUGCCGGGGGGUCCCCGGAGCAGGGGCCUAUAUAAACCCCCUGGAGCCAGCCGUCUGCCGCUCGCUCGCAGGCUGGAGGAGGAGAAGGAGCCAGGCAGGAGUGCAAGGACGAGCCCCAUGAAAGUUGUUUGCCUUGGGCUUGCAGCGUGAAGAGCCACAAGCCCGCUUCUCUCCCUAGUGCCGUUUUUCCCUCUCCAGCCUUUGAAGAUGCCCGGCAGCCUGCUGCUGUUGCUGGUUGCCUUGUGCCUGGGGACAGGGGUGCAAAGCUCGCAACCCAAGACGGGCAAAACCAGGAGGCAAAGCCAACAAAUAGUCCAGCCGCAGGUCCCAAGCAGCCAGAAUAAACAGGGCUGUUAUGAUAAUGGGAGAUAUUAUCAGAUAAGCCAACAAUGGGAACGCAUAUACCUGGGAAACAUGCUCAUCUGUACCUGCUAUGGGGGAAGCAGAGGCUUUAACUGCGAAAGCAAGCCUGAACCUGAAGAAACUUGCUUUGACAAAUACACUGGAUCUACCUAUCGGGUAGGGGAGACUUAUGAGCGCCCCAAAGACUCCAUGAUCUGGGAUUGUACCUGCGUCGGGGCUGGACGUGGGCGAAUUAGCUGCACCAUUGCAAAUCGGUGCCAUGAAGGGGGUCAGUCCUAUAAGAUUGGCGAUACCUGGCGUAGACCACACGAGACAGGUGGCUACAUGUUAGAAUGUAAACUCUAA